GACUCCAAACCUGAAACUUAAAAUAAAGCGAACACGAAGCAUUCAAAGUUCGCAGAUACAACAGGAGAAAAAGACAACAAAAAGGCAUGUAAGCAAAAGGAAAAGGAAAAGCAAAAGCUAAAGCUAUGUGCUGCCCACCAGCUGCAGCUUGUGAUGCCAAAAGCAUCCAAUGUUCGCAGAUACAACAGGAAAGGAGCGAACACCUGCCCACCAGCUGCGGCUUAUGUGAUGCCAAAAGCGGCGUCCGGAGCAGUAGCACUGUUUGUUCACUCCGAAAUGGCCGCUGCUCUUCUCCAGUUCCUCCUCCCCUCUCUGUUUCUCUUCCUCUUCAGUAUUCUUCUCAACUCGCCGAUCGGCACCAAAACCACCGCCGUCUACUGCCCAGUCCCCCUUCCUUUCCGAUUUUAGGCCACCUCCACCUCCUCAACUCGCCGAUCCACUGCCAUCUCGCCGCCAUCUCCGCCGACCACGGCCCCGUCGUUCUCCUGCGCUUCGGUUCCCGCCCCGUCCUCCUCGUGUCCUCUUCGUCCGCCGUCGAAGAGUGCUUCACCGUCCACGACGUUGCCUUCGCGAACCGCCCCCGCUUCCUCGCCGGCAAGAUCCUCGGAUACGACUUCACCGCCAUCCUGUGGGCGCCCUACGGGUCACGCGCAACCUCCGCCACAUCACCUCCAUGCACUCGCUCGCGCCCGACAGCCUACGCGCCUCCUUUGACCUUCGCAGCGGGGAGAUCAGAGCCCUCGCGCGGAACCUCUUCCUCCAGCAAGGCGGCGGCAGCGGUGGCGCGCCGAGGAGGCUGGAUCUGAAGUCGACUUUGUUCGACCUCGUGUGCGCCAUCAUCGAACAGCUGGUGGUUCCGCUGAUGGGGGAGACGCAAGAGCAGAGGCUGAUCGUCAGGGAGAUGGUGAGCGAGGGACUACAGUUGAGUGCGGCGACCGCGAACGCAGGGGACGACAUGCCGGAGUUUAUGAGAGUGGCGUGACGCGGGUUGGAGAAGAGGCUAAUGAGGCUUCGGAGGAAGAGGGAUGAGUUUUGGGGAAAACUCAUAGUGCUGCAUCGAGAGAGACGACUGAGCGAGGAUAAUGGUGGCGGCGGCGUGGAUGGGGAAGGAAGGGAGAUACUGAUGGACGUUAUGUUGUCGUUGUAGAACAGCGAUCCGGAAUGCUACCCAUAUGACAUCAUAAAGGGCCAAUGACGGCAAUGUUUUCAGCAGGAACAGACUCCUCCGCCGGCACAACAGAGUGGGCAAUGAGCUUGUUGUUAAGCCAUCCUCACGUUUUGGAGAAGGCCGCCACCGAGUUCGACACGACGGUCGGCCACGAGCGGCCGGUCUCCGAAGACGACCUCCCCAACCUCACCUACUUGAACUGCAUCAUCCACGAGAUUCUGCGAUUGUACCCGCCGCCCCUCUCCUCGCAACCCACGAAACUUCCAAAGACUGCACCGUCGCGGGAUUCGACGUCUCCGCCGGCACCAUGUUGCUCAUUAACGCGUGGGCUAUCCACAGGGACGUCGGCCUCUGGGACGAGCCCGAGAAGUUCAAGCCGGAGAGGUUCAUGGCGGGGGAGGCAGCGGAGAGAUACAAUUUCAUGCCGUUUGGGAUGGGGCGGCGGCGGUGCCUCUGCGUGGGUCUGGCUAUCCG